AUGAGUUCCCAGAAUCCCUCCCUACCGUCUCUGUCAAAUUCAAACGCUCGCCUGCUCAUAGCCGACGGGAGGAGUAUCACGACGAAAGGAUCAUCGAUUUCCCCAGUUAUUCCCUUCAUUCCGUCCUAUGAUCGCAACGCUGUCGCCUUCAGGGCUGCGAGAGAAGCUACUCGCAUCUUGAGAGAACAAGGAUACACUUUCGCGAUAUUCGGGAGCUUAGCUUGUUAUCUUUACGGAAACAACCGCAUACCAAACGAUGUGGAUAUUGUCAUAUCAUCCUACGCCUGCGAUCCGGAGGCCAUCAAGACGCUUCUCGUCGCAGCGAACCCUGAACUCUUCUAUCUCGUUCCUUCCAAAUCUCCACAAUCGUCGUGGAACGUGCUUUGGUACUGCGACAGACGCGACAAGAACAAGGAGAAAACUAAAGUCGAUAUCCUCAGAGCCGGAACACACCAGCUACCUAUUCUUUUCUCAGAGGCCAUUGUCGACAAGCAGGGAUUACCCGUUGUUCCUAUAUCCAUGCUUCUGUUGCAUAAAUUGAAGGGGUGGAGGGAUAGGAUGGACUCUCCGGAGGAGCGCCACCGGAGGAAGUAUCAUUCUGAUGCGAGAGAUGUGCUCUCCUUGUUGGUAAUUAUCGUCCAAGGCAUGAAUAAGCAGGAGAGAAAGGAUGCAACGUGGUGGAGGAAUUUUUCGCUGGAACGGUUUGAUGAUGUUUUUCGCUACGAGACGGACCAGCGGGUUACUGAUUUUUUCUACCGAUUUCCAGAAUCUGGUGAAAUGUGGCGAAUUCUAGGGUGGUGA